ACAGUGAGUGUGAAAGAGAGAGAGAGAUAGAAUAGAGAGAGACUGAGAGAAGAGGUGAAGAGGAAAAAGAGAGAGAGGAGCCAGUAAGCACCACAGCAGCACCACUUCUGUCACAGGACAGGCAGAAGUGGCGAGAAGGAACAGAGGGAGGAAGAGAGAGCGAGAGGGAGAAAGAGAGAGAUACGAACACAGUAAGUGUGAGAGGGAGAGGAAGGGAGAGCGAACGUGAGAGAGAAAGGGGGAGGGAGGGACGGAGAGAGAGGGAGAGAGAGAGGGAGAGAGGGGGGGGUGAGCAUGAAGGACGCGAUCCAGCUGUCUCCCUGACAGACUGAGCCGGGAGCCGAGAGCGCGGGGGCAGCAGCCCGCUCUCACACAGAAAAAAGAACUUCCCCUCUCUCUCCCGCGCUGUGCCGUGUGGUGCGGACCGGACUGACUCUUGCCCUGCCCACGGAUCUCUCUUGCCCCCCCCUCUCUAAAAGCCCCACCCCCCCUCCCCCCAUCACACUCCCCUCCUUGCCUUGCCUCUCCUCCGGCUGAACCUCAUGUCGUUUUGUUUGGUCGACUACUUCGACAUGGAAUCACCCACCAAGGAGAUCGAGGAUUUCGAGAACAACUCGCUGAAGUAUCUGCAGGCGGACCAGAUCGAGAAGAUCUGGCUGAGACUGCGUGGAUUGAGGAAAUACAAGAAGACGUCGCAGAGGUUGCGAUGCCUGGUGAAGCAGUUAGAGAGGGGCGAGGCGUCCGUGGUGGACCUGAAGAAGAACCUGGAGUAUGCCGCCACGGUCCUGGAGUCGGUGUACAUCGAGGAGACGCGGCGUCUGGUGGACACCGAAGAUGAGCUCAGCGACAUCCAGUCGGACUCCGUCCCGUCGGAGGUGCGUGAUUGGCUGGCCGCCACCUUCACGCGUCAGAUGGGGCUGAUGCUCCGGCGGACGGAGGAGAAGCCACGCUUCCGCAGCAUCGUGCACGCAGUGCAGGCUGGGAUAUUUGUUGAAAGAAUGUACCGACGGACCUCCAACAUGGUGGGACUAAGCUAUCCUCCUAGCGUGAUCACCGUUCUCAAGCACGUGGACACGUGGACAUUUGAUGUGUUCGCUCUGAAUGACGCAAGCGGAGAGCAUGCACUGAAAUUCAUCUUUUACGAGCUGCUCACAAGAUAUGACUUAAUCAACCGCUUCAAGAUCCCCAUCUCUGCACUGGUGUCCUUCGUAGAGGCGCUGGAGGUGGGCUACACCAAGCACAAGAACCCCUACCACAACCUGAUGCACGCGGCAGACGUCACGCAGACCGUCCACUUCUUCAUGCUGAAGUCUGGCAUGGUGCAUUGGAUGACGGAGCUGGAGAUCUUUGCCAUGAUCUUUGCCGCCGCUGUGCAUGAUUACGAACACACCGGGACCACUAACAACUUUCACAUCCAGACCAGGUCAGACAUGGCAAUCUUUUACAACGACCGCGCGGUGCAGGAGAACCACCACGUGAGCGCAGCCUAUCGCCUCCUACAGGACGAUGACGAGAUGAACAUCCUGUACAACCUGUCCAAGGACGACUGGAGAGAGUUGCGCGCCUUGGUGGUGGAGAUGGUGCUGGCCACAGACAUGUCCUGUCACUUCCAGCAGAUCAAGGCCAUGAAGAACUUCCUCCAGCAGCCCGAGGCGAUUGACAAAACCAAGGCCUUAUCGCUGCUGCUCCACACAGCGGACAUUAGCCACCCGGCCAAGAACUGGGACCUGCACCACCGCUGGACCACCUCACUGCUGGAGGAGUUCUUCCGACAGGGUGAUAAAGAGGCUGAGCUAGGACUGAUCUUCUCUCCACUCUGUGACCGCAAGUCCACCAUGGUGGCUCAGUCUCAAAUCGGUUUUAUCGAUUUCAUUGUGGAGCCGACCUUCACUGUGCUGACGGACAUGACGGAGAAGAUCGUGACACCACUCAUCGACGAGGCCUCGCAGUCCAGCCUGGCAGGAUUCCGCCGCGCCAGAUCUGGCCUGAACAACAUCUCCCCCGACGGGAAGCGCACCAGCAUCAAGAGCACAGGCUCGGAGAGCAGCACCUCGCUCAACUGCUCCCUGCUCGCCGUCGACUUCAAGAGCUUCAAGGCCACCUGGAACGAGGAGGUGCAGCAGAACAGAGAGAGGUGGAAGGCCGAGGCAACCAAAGACUUGGAGGAGAAGGCCAAAAAGGAGGCAGAGGAGAAGGCCAAAAAGGAGGCAGAGGAGAAGGCCAAGCUGGAGGAGACAGAAGGGAAGGAGAGCAAGACCGAGGAGGGCAAGGAGGCAGAGGCAUCAGAGCCCGCUCAGGACAAGGACACAAGAGCAGCGAAAGAGACAGCGGAGAGCACAGACAAGGACAAAGAGGAGAAGGAGAAAGAGAAGACGGAGGAGAGGAAACCAGAGCCGGCGGAGCUCGCUCAGGCGAUGAAAGACCCCGUGGAGCAGAAGCCCAAGGAGGCCGAGGGGAACAAAGACCCGGGGGGGUCCGGUGGGCCGAAACUCGAGCCCGAGACGCAGGAGGCCUCCAACCCAAGGCAGCCGGCCACCCACAGCAGCACGGACGGCAGCCGGCAAGGCCAGAAUGGUGAAGUACCCAAGGAGAUAGACUCACCUGAGAGUGAGGACAGUAAGAAAAAGACAUCAAGUUCAGACGAUUCCGACGACGACGGACAGAGAAACCGUGGCAACACACCUGGUUCUCUGGCGGCCUUAUCGGCGUCUGCGGCCGCCGCCGGCGAUGCAAACUAAUUCCCACAAACCUCUGCUGCAUUCACACACAGUACACACACACCACGCACACGUGUUGCGCGCAUGCACACACAUAGACAUGUCUUCUCCGUCUCUCUCUCUCUCUCCUUGGCAACAGCAGCAACAGCUUGUGGUCAUGGCUCCUCAGCAUUGGCCUACUUGUUUGUGUUUGUUUGCUUCUUAAAGCUAUUUUUGUUUGUUUGUUUUUGUUCUGUUUGCAAAAAAAGCAAUGCCUUCAGGCUGGGUUACCAUGAAGCUGAGCCGUAGGACUGAUAGUUGAGUUGUAUUGUUGCUUGACGACUGUUGCCGUGUACCAGAUCCCUUCACAACCGUCGCUGCUGUGCCAGCAUCACCCAUGCGCAUGCGUGUGUGUGUGUGUGUUUUAUCCACAAGAACAGCCUAACUGCAGCUGGCCAUAGCGAUCGCGUGGAGGAGGAGGAGGAGGAGAAGAUGAAGGCGAGACAUUAAGGGUCAAGUGCUGGCCCCAGCCUCUGGACUGCCAGGGCCCGAGAGAGACGGGAAAGUGCAGGGCAGGGACCCCAGAGGCGUAGACAGUGGUCGCUGGCCCUGGUCCCUGGUCCCUGGCCGCUGCUCCUGCUGGACCUUCCCCUAUAUUUUGCGGUGAAUGUGAAAGUCAACGUGGAAGAACAAUCCAGUGAAGAAUGUCAGCUUUGAUGCACAAAUAAAAAAAAACACAUGGGUGUUUUCGUAUCAUUACUCAACUCAUUGAGAGCAUUUACUACAUUAGCACAAUUCUGUUUCGUUUUUGGGGGGUUUUCUUUCCUUCGAGUUUCACUGUGUAGUUUGUGUGCUUAACUGAACGAAUGGUGCCGCAAACUCAGAGUUAUGCUACUGCUGUUUGGGAACCUGAUUCAUAUAAGGAUAGUCUGUCUUUUUCACAUGUAAAAAACUAAAAGAGAACACAACUGUUCAUCCACACCUAUGUAGUAUGUGCUCAGGUCAUGUGAUAUUUAUUUGGAAGCACAGGCCACAUGGUACCAGCUCACUGUAUUUCAAGGAGUUCCUAAAUUGAUUUCUGAUACAGCCCUUCUAUAGGAGUAACCCUAGUGUCCCGAUUCAGUAGUCCCUAAGGAUCUGUGUCAGGAUCUCUACCUAAAGAGUCAAUGUGAAUUUGAUGUCUGGCUAAUGCCCUGUAUUUAAGUCCAUAGAAUUAAUCAGCAAAGCUUCACAAGAAUAAAUAUUUUGUAGAGAACUGAAAUCAGAUUUAAGAAUUUUUAAAUAAUUUCUAUUUUCCCAUGAACCGCUUCGAUAUUUUUUUUAUAUUUUGCGAGUUCAACACUAUGUUCACUUUUUUAUAGUUCAGCUUUUUCUUACCAACGAGACAUUCUGUCGGGACAUGACUACAUUAUCAGAGUAUUGUUAAUCAGAUUCAUUUCUUUCUUGUAAGAUGCGUUUCAAAAAGUGAAACUAUGAUAUGCCUAUAUGCCAUACAGUAUCCACCUGUCUUUCUCUCUGUCUGUCUUUCUGUCUCUCUCCCAUCGUUCAUGAUGUCACCUGGUGUCACCUCACAGCCAGAUGUAUUUUUCUCAAAUGUAUUUAAUGUAUAUAAAAUGAACAUAGUAUUUAUACUUUA